UACACUCGCCUCCUCGCGGGCUCCCGAAAAGCAGAGAAAAUCGCAUUUGGUGCGCACUUUUGGGUUGCUUGGAAACAGUGCAGAUAACGGCCCUUAAAGACGGGAGAAUUAAUGUUCGGGGCGGACGAAAUGGAAAUUGCAAACUCGCUCUUGAUGUGGCGGUGAGCAAACGGGAGAGAUGAUGAUGAUGUGCUUCAGCUCAGCUGCAGUGAUUGCUGACAAUAAUUUAUAGGUUCGAGGAGCAAAAUAACGCUGAUGGCACGGUGAUGGUGCGGUGAGUGGAUGAUGUCGGGCGAUGUGUGACCGCGGCCGUGUACAUGAUGUGACCAUGACGACGUGUACACAAUGUGACAGUAACCCGCCGCCGAUGAUGAUGAUGAACCUAGGAGGAGCUGCUCGCUCGCGCGAGCGCGCGGAUCUUCUGGCACGGGCCGGCUAGAACUUUCCGAGUCGCUGGGGCUUUAGGAGACGCGGGCGCAAGAACUUCGGCUCUCAGCAUCGAUCGGGCUAAUUCGAGAAACUUCCAGCCCCCUUCGUGCAAACACUUUCCCCCCCUCCCCCACACGUCACAGGAGGGGGCUCUUUAAAGGCCCCGUGGCUCGUAUAUAAUGGCCCACUACAGUCAGCCGAGGAGCGCACUCAACUUGCGAAGCCAGUCACCAAUGGUCCAGAUGGCCACCAACGACCCUCUGCCCCCGGGAUGGGAGAUCAAAAUCGACCCCCAGACGGGAUGGCCCUUCUUCGUGGAUCACAACAACCGCAUAACCACUUGGAACGACCCGCGGCACGACGCCAAGAAGGACAGCCCGGUUUCUCCCAAUGGACCCUGUAUUUCCUCCGAGUCCCCCACACAGGAGACCCAGAGGAACUUCUUGAGGGAGAUGAAGUACCCAAUGUUACGCCAGGGUUACAUCCCCAUCCCCGUUACACACGAAAAUGUGGAACACCGGCAACAGCAGCAGCAGGCACAGCCGCAGCACCCCUGCUACACGUAUGGCCAGCCAGCGGCCAUGCAGAGGGGCCGACCCGAGGUUCACACCCCCUCCAUGAGCGCCACCCACCCCUGUCGGCCACGGUCCCCCGUCCGGAUCCCCGUGGAAGCAUGUAUGAGCGAUCCGCACUGCAGCCCAGGUUUAUCCUGCUCCCAGGUCACGCAGGGGCCUGAGACCCACCAUCAAGGCCAUCAGCAGCACCCCUCCCAAGGUGCGGGCGUUCACUCGGCCCCAUCCAGCCAGCCUCCGCGACCCAGCAGCACGGGCCUCCAGCCGGGCUACAUCUCCAUCCCCGUCAUCCACGAGGGGGGAGGAGGACACUCUCAGCCCCAGGCCCACCACAGCCAGCGCUUCCCUCACGCGGAGUACCAGCCUGCCUUCCACCGCAUGCAGCCAGACGAAUGGGUGUCCCACGGCGCCCCCGUGCAGCCCCCACGUGAGCGGCCCACCCGAGAGGCCUCGCCCAUCCCCUCCCACAUUCGCCCGCAGUCGCCAGUCAGGGCACAGGUCAUGGUAGACCGGCACCCCGCACCCCAGGUUCAACACCAUGUUGUCCACCAGGAGCCGUGUCCCAGAAUGCAACAGGAGGAGCUCGUCAGCCCCACGUCCCUUCAGAUGCCCACGUUUCCUCAGGCUUUGCACAGAGAUGCUGAUAUGCAACAGCAGCAGCAGCAGCCCGAGAGACAGGAGAAGACGGAGGUCAAAGUGCAGGUCCCCGCAAAACCCGAAGCCCAGGACACGACGGUGACCCAAGAAGGGCUUUCGCCCCAAAAGUUAGAAGAGCCGCCGCCACCACCACCAGCACCAACGUGCCCAAGCCAUCCAGGACUGGCCAUGGUGCAGCGCAUCGUGGAGAGGGUGGACAGACUGGAGCAUGAGGUUAAGUUCUUCACCGGGAAGAAGAAUGACAAGAGGUACCUGAUGCUGGAAGAGUUCCUCACGAAAGAGCUGCUAGCGCUCGACUCUGUGGACCCGGAGGGCCGGGCAGACGUGCGGCAGGCCAGGCGAGACGGCGUGCGCAAGGUCCAAAACAUCCUGGAGGAACUGGAGCUGAGGGGAGAAGAGGCCGCUCAGCUCUCCGCGGAGAACGGCGCGGGAGACGGCACACAUCCCGAAAAAGGAGAUUACAGGAGCGUCGGGCAAGGAGAGAUGACGGCGGAGAAGGAGGUUUCCUAACAACGCACAAGUGAUGUUCUGCCAAAGGAGAAGAGGACAGGAAUCCUAGGCGGGGAAAAUGCUGCUCCAUAUUUCCUCUCACCUCCGAAUUUCUGCACUUUCGAAUAAACGUACAAACUGCAUGCGAUAAGGACUUUCAAAACGUUGUGUCGAGCCAUCUUAGUCGGAUUUGAAUAAACUGUCCGUUUAUUGUGGGGGGCGGGGGGUGGUGCGAGUUGCCAUUUUUACCAUGAAGUGUCUUGUAGCAGGAUCAUUGUGAUGACAAAAAAGGGUUCUCUUUUCCAAAAAGAUUAAAAAAAAGAGGUUGUUAAUCGAAAGCCAAUAUUUUUAAUUUUGGUUUAAUUUUUAUGGUUGUAUUUUUUUAAAUAUUAUAUUAUAAUGAAGAUGACAGUCUGCCCUUAAUUGCAUAUUUCACUAUGAACUUUGUGGAGUGAUUAUUGUGAACAGAUGACUAUAUUAUGUUUUGUUUCUUUGACAUUAGAGAGAAGAGCAUCCGCAAUGAUAUGGUUAUUUACAUUUUAGUUCUGCCAAAGUGCUUUUAUGGUUUUUUGUUUUUAUUUCCUGUUUGAGAGCGUUUGCUUUGGUUAUUACACGUAUUUCCGUCCAAUUAAAGAUCCUGUAUGCCUUGCUUGCCUCCGA